CGCGGCAGCGAUGGCGACGGAAGAGGGGAGGAGGAGCGGCGCCGCCGCGGCCGUCGCCGGAGACGGCGUCCGGGUGUGCGUGACCGGAGGCGCCGGCUUCAUCGCGUCCUGGCUCGUGAAGAAGCUCCUCGAGAGGGGCUGCACCGUCCACGCCACCCUGCGAAGCAUCGGGGACGAGGAGAAGGCGGGGAUGCUCCGGCGGCUCGUCCCCGGCGCGGCGGAGCGGCUGCGGCUGUUCGAGGCCGACCUCUUUGACGCCGCCACCUUCGCGCCGGCCAUCGCCGGCUGCCAGUUCGUCUUCCUCAUCGCCACGCCAUUCGGGAUGGAGGGGUCCAACUCCAAGUACAAGAACACGGCGGAUGCAGCGGUGGACGCGGUGCGCGAGGUCCUCCGGCAAUGCGCGGAAUCCAAGACGGUGAAGCGCGUCAUCCACACCGCCUCGAUAUCCGCCGCCUCACCGCUACUCGACGUCCCCGGCGCCGGCGGGUACAAAGCGUUCAUCGACGAGUCCUGCUGGACGCCGCUCGACGUCGACUACCCGCUCCGGAGCGCCCACUUCGAUAAAUACAUCCUGUCAAAGAUGCUGUCGGAGAAGGAGCUGCUGAGCUACAACGACGGCGAGAGCCCGGCGUUCGAGGUGGUCACCCUGGCGUGCGGCCUCGUCGCCGGCGACACCGUGCUCGGCCGCGUCCCGGAGACGCUGGAGAGCGCCGUCUCGCCGGUGUCCGGGCAGGAGCCCUACUUCUUUCUGCCGAGGCUGCUGCAGAGGCUGGUGGGGUCCAUGUCGCUGGUGCACGUCGACGACGUCUGCGACGCGCUCGUCUUCUGCAUGGAGCAGCCGUCCAUCUCCGGCCGGUUCCUCUGCUCCGCCGCCUACCCGACCAUCCACGACAUCACCGACCACUACGCCGCCAAGUACCCUCACCUCGCCGUCCUCAAGGAGACGGAGGAGGAGGUGGCGAGGGUGCAGCCGGCGGCGGACAAGCUGGGCGAGCUGGGGUUCAAGUACAAGUACGGGAUGGCGCAGAUACUGGACAGCAGCGUCGACUGCGCCGUGAGGCUGGGCUACAUCGACGCAGCAAAGCUGAGACCGCACGAAGGAUGAAUCAAUGGCGUGAAGGGCAAGUGCAUAUGGGAAAUUCAAUGGCGUGAAGAGCAAAGCUGAGACCGCACGAAGCUGAGACCGCACGAGCGAUUAAAAUAGAUUUGUCACUCGCUUAUUAUGAUAUAUGGAUUCUUAUAAAUCUAUAAUAUGACAUAUGGAUCAGUAACAAAUCUGUUCAUACUGGAUGAGGCUUUUUGUUGCAAUUGAACAAUUUCAGGACCAAGAUGGAGUCAAAUUGCCGUGCUUGUUUGUCGUAUAUUUAUUUAUCGGUGUAAUAAAUUUGAGAUAUUCAAGCAUAGAGAUGGACUUGUAUACAUGUAUCAUACGUGUCUAAAGGAAGAGUUCUAAUCAAGAAGACCACUCAACAAGGCAAGAUUUCAAA